AUGCUGGACCCUUUGGGGCCCCCUCCAGCAUGGCUGCGAGAGAUCGUCAAGCCUUAUGCGCUAUCACUAGAUAGCCCGACACUUACCGAGCACGUCCAUGAAAUCUUCCUCGCUUUCGUCUUCUAUCAGCUUAUUCACUCGGUGCUCUCGCCAUGCCUGUCGCCGAUCCUAUUCCCGAAGUCAUAUCCCAAAUUGACUGCUCGCACUAAGUUGAAUUGGGAUAUACAUGUCGUCUCAUUUGUGCAGAGUGUUGUAAUCAAUGCUCUCGCGCUGUGGGUGAUGUUCGUUGACGAUGAGCGCAACUCGAUGUCUCCCCUGGAGCGUGUCUUUGGAUAUACGGGUGCCUGCGGGUUGAUCCAGGCACUCGCUGUCGGAUACUUCAUCUACGAUCUGAUAGUUAGCACGAUUUACGUGAAAAUGUUUGGAAUCGGCACCCUCUUCCACGCCAUCAGUGCUCUUUGGGUAUUCAGUCUUGGAUUCAAGCCAUUCCUCAACUAUUACGCCUCAACCUUUAUCCUCUACGAGCUCUCGACCCCCUUCCUCAACAUUCACUGGUUCCUUGACAAAGUCAACAUGACUGGCAGCAAGGCCCAGUGGUACAACGGCAUGGCCCUGCUAUUUGUAUUCUUCUCUUGUCGCCUCAUCUGGGGCACCUGGCAAUCCAUUGUCGUCUACAGUGAUAUGUGGACCGCUCUCCAGCAGACCUGGAAGGCUUCUUCUGGCCCGCUCACCGAACCUGUCAACAUCAACGCGAACGUCUUCCUGCUAACUCGCGAUGGCAAUAUGUGCGUCGACGAGACCUGCGCGCGUGCCAAUGCCGAGGUUUCUCGGUUCAAGGAGUAUACCUCUGCCGGUGUCCCGACAUGGCUGGUUUUGACGUAUGUUGGAUCAAACUUGAUCUUGAACUUCUUGAACUACUUCUGGUUCUUCAAGAUGGUUGAGACGGUUCUCAAGCGAUUUCGUACACCCGAAGCUUCGGGAGCCAAGGCUGAUGGUGCAGUCGACGAUAAGAAGAGCAAAUCUGUGAAGACAGAGAAGGACCUUAUCCUUGAGGCGGCUGCUGAGCUGGAGCUAGCGGAGGGGUCUCCUAUGCGCGAAUAUAUCGCUAACGAUGUGGAUGUUGGCACGAACGAGGAGUUGAGACGGCGGAGGGUGGAUCUUGUUUCCAAGGUUCCUCUUCCUGGAUCAUAA